GACCUGAUUCAGCUCUGCCCAGAGGCAAGUUAAGAGCCCUCCAGUGCCCGGCGCUCCAGACACAGUGGAGACUCUUGGGGAGGACUGUAGGGUUUGGUUGUCGCCAUGGCAACGGUGUGGGUGGCUGGGACCCUGCGGACCGCUGCUGUAGGAGGGAGGCUGCGUGGCCCGCAAGGCAGGGCCGGCGGCCGGAGGCUGAGCUGCAGCGCGCGGCGGCGGGCGACCGGGAACACCAGCCCGGGUCGCCGGCUCAGUACCGCUUGGGCGCGGGCCCAACCUCCGACCAAGAAGGCCGAUAGCGCGGAGGAGCGCGUCCAGUCGCCCGCUGCGGAAGAGCCGUGGUGGACGCCGCCUCCGGCGCCCCCCGAAACCCUGGCGCCCCCCGCGGGCCGCUCGCUUGUGCAGCGGGACAUCCAGGCCUUCCUGAACCAGUGCGGGGCCAGCCCCGGGGAGGCUCGCCACUGGCUGUUGCAGUUCCAGUCAUGCCAAUACUCCGCGGACAAGCCCUUCGCGGUCAUCGAGGUGGAGGAGGAGGUGCUCAAGUGCCCACAAGCCGUAUCCAGCCUGGCCUUCGCCCUGGCCUUCCUGCAGCGCAUGGACAUGAAGCCGCUGGUGGUCCUGGGACUGCCAGCCCCCACGGCGCCCUCGGGCUCACUUUCUUUCUGGGAGGCCAAGGCACAGCUUGCCCAGAGCUGCAAGGUGCUGGUGGACGAGCUGCGGCACAACGCAGCCACAGCCGUGCCUUUUUUUGGCGGCGGGUCGGUGCUGAGCGCCGCGGAGCCAGCCCCCCAUGCCAGCUACGGCGGCAUCGUCUCGGUGGAGACGGACCUGCUGAAGUGGUGCCUGGAGUCCAGCAGCAUCCCCAUCCUGUGCCCCAUUGGGGAAACGGCAGCGCGCCGUUCGGUGCUUCUCGAUUCGUUGGAGGUGACCGCGUCUCUGGCCAAGGCUCUGCAACCCACCAAAAUCAUCUUCCUCAAUAACUCAGGAGGCCUGCGCAAUACUAGUCAGAAGGUCCUGAGUAACGUGAACCUGCCCGUCGACCUGGACCUGGUGACCAACGCCGAAUGGUUGAGCACCAAAGAACGGCAGCAGAUACGACUCAUCGUGGACGUGCUCAGCCGCCUGCCCCACUACUCCUCCGCGGUCAUCACCGCCGCCAGCACGCUGCUCACCGAACUCUUCAGCAACAAAGGCUCCGGAACCCUGUUCAAGAACGUCGAGCGCAUGCUGCGAGUGACCAACCUGGACAGCCUGGACCAGGGCCGCCUAGUUAACCUGGUCAACGCCAGCUUUGGCAAGAAGCUUCGGGAGGACUACCUGGACUCGCUGCGUCCACGGCUGCACUCCAUCUACGUCUCCGAGGGGUACAACGCUGCUGCCAUUCUGACAGUGGAGCCUGUACUGGGGGGCACCCCGUACCUGGACAAAUUUGUGGUGAGCAAUAGCCGCAAGGGCCAAGGCUCCGGGCAGAUGCUGUGGGAGUGCCUGCGGCGGGACCUGCAGACGCUGUUCUGGCGCUCCCGAGUCACCAACCCCAUCAAUCCCUGGUACUUCAAGCACAGUGACGGCAGCUUCUCCAAUAAGCAGUGGAUCUUCUUCUGGUUUGGCUUGGCCGAUAUCCGGGACUCCUAUGAACUGGUCAACCAUGCCAAGGGGCUGCCGGACUCCUUCUGCAAGCCAACUUCUGACCCAGGCAGCUGACCCCUGCCAUGGGCUCUGCAGGCCCUGGACAGCCAGGGUGGACCAAAAGCCAUGCCUGUUGGGGGUGACCCCAGACAACCACAGACUGGAUGGGGCUUGUUGGCUGAGUGACCUGCAGAGGAGGAAGUAGUCCCAGCUUUGUACAGAGGGGGUGUCCAAGAGGGACAAACA